AUGAAAACUGGAUAUGGUAUCAAUAAAAUUUCAGGUAUUGUCAGCUCAGCACUACAUGCAAGCGCGACGCGCUACGUAUCCGGUGAGGGCGCUGUCCGGACGAUUGGUCGACGUGAUGACAGCGCCGGGGGUUUCCUCUACUGCUUCCACAAAAUUUCUGGUUUUCUACCUUUGGCCGCUUCACCAACUCCAAAACAGCGGCGUUUUGGAGACAAAAUCGCACUUCAUCACUGUAAUGACGAAAAGAAAUUUUCGAGAAGAAAGACGCUGAAGGCAGUUAAUGCAAAAUCGAAGUUCUCAACACGUAAGAGGAAAGUUUCAUCGCCAAGUCAGAAGGAAAAUCAAUAUGCCGUAGCAUUUAUCCCGGAAUGCGGUUCGGCUCACAACAGCAUUGAGGAUCCCAACGUUUGUCCAGAGCUUCCUUUCUUAAAUGGAACUAAGCAACUGCAGUUGCCAGAAGUGAAGAUGGUGGGCCGUUUGAGCGCUCUUCGAUCUCAACCACGCUUGACAGACGAACGUGUCGAUGUCGAUACUUAUGUAAAACGUCACGAAAAGCUAGAGAAAGAAGAGAAACAGCUUUUGAGAAGGGAUCGAAUCUGGCAGAACGAAGUACGUUAUCGCUCUCGACUGCUUGGUAUUCAACAAACCCCUCCACCCCUCCGUGAUUUUCGGAUUGUUGUGAUGAGAAAAGCUCGUAUUAUUAAAUAA